AUUACUCUAGGAAUUUAGACAUUUAUGGAAACUGUAUGUACUAUAUUACCUUACUGAUACACGCCACGUUUUCCAGCUGCAUGGUGCAACCUGCAACCACUCCGGCCUGUAAUAAAAGGAAUAACCAGCAAGCCAUUAUUUCUCCAUUUCCCAUAUGUAUAAAAUUUCCUUCCACCUCCAAUGGUACGACGGAGAUUCAAAAACUUUCCAUUUCCGGCAGCAACAGCGAACCCCCGAAAACGGAAAGGAUACAAUCUGGAGUACAGAGCGAAUGAUGAUGACUCAUGGUAUAGCGUACGACUCGUAACGAAAGGCAAAACAAUGACUUGAGGUACCGAGGAUAUCCAAAGGAAUUUGACGUGAUUUUUGGUGCCGGAGAGUUUAAGUCUAAGGAGGAAGUUGAUGAAAUGGUUAAGAGGUUUAGGUCUGUGUCGCCGCAGCUGCAGGAUAGUGAAUGUGGUAGGCUUAAGGAAGGUAUGGUUGUUUGUGUUGGAUGUAACGCUUUUGGUGGAGAUGAUAUGCUGUUCUACGAUGCCGUUAUUGAAGCGAUACACAAUGUGGACCAUUCAUUUUGCAAUGGAAAGGAGGAGUGCUUAUGCACCUUUGUAAUAUCUUGGCUUCAUGGCCCAAAGAAAGGAUACUUAGACAAUACCAGAAUUGAAGGCUUGUGUAUCAUAAAAGGUGUUGCUGAAGUUGGUCCUAAAAUAGUCCCCUUCUUGAAAUUGGUGAACCGGAAUUUUGGAAAAUCAUCUUGCAUGUUGACUUCUGCUUCGAAGUAUGAGAAAACUGCAUCUGAAGGAUCAUCUUGUGAAAAUGGGGGCAGUAAUUUGUCUAUUAUUUCAUCCUUCGAGGCAAGUUUUCACUGUAUAAUGUUCAUAAAUUGGGGUUGGCAUGCAUGAACCUUAAACAUAUCUGCUUCCUUGUUUCCACAGGGAAUGAAUAGUUCCAAGAGUAUUGUUGAUGUGACAACAGGAGCAAAAAUAAGGAAAUAUAGCAGGCUUUGGGAAGAUGACAAAGAUCUUGGACGGCAAUGUCCAAGUUACCAUCUUUUGCUUAUUGAAAACUUGGAGAGGAACUUAUUACCGUCGUCGUUUAGGAAUUUUAUACAUGAACAUACUUCUGUUUCAGUGCAAGCAUACAUUUUUCCUAGUCCGUCUAUGCAAUAUGCCAGCGGUAUUAUUGUGGUAGAUUGCGAAGAGAAGCGUCAGAAGAUACUCCAGUUUUUGGAUAAUCCCGCCCACUUUAUUGUGUCCUCAAUUGGAAGGCCAUUGGUUGUAACUGAAAGAAAUUUAAGGCAUGACAUGAUUAACAUGUGGUCAGGAAGCUAUGAACCCCAGGAUAUGCAUCUUGUAACAAGUUUGGACAAAAAUCUGAUGGUGGUCCAUUCAGGAACAGAAGCUUACGAAAGAGCAAAGCAGUUAAAAGAUUUAUUUCAAGAGUUCACGAGUCAUCAACAGGUGCUCUAUAAGAGGUUCGCAGUGGAAGAGAUGAUGAUUUUGCAGAAACAGCAACAACAGUUCAACCAGAUCAUAGAUGUGUGAAAUUCUAGUAUAUGUUUAAUGUAGUGGUAUAUUGCUCGUGCAUAUUUUGGCCAUUAGAAACAUUGGGCUUUUUAUAUAUUGUAUUUGUCAAAGUUGGAGUUCACUUUCACCUCUCCUGAUUAAAAGUUGAAUAUUGUAAAGUUAUGUUAUUGAACUUCUAAGAAAAUGUCU